CCCAGGUGGGGGUGGGGAGGGGUGAGGCUGGCCACAGAGGGGAGGGGGGCUGUUUGCUUUAGGACAAGGCUGGCUCCAGCCGGGGCCUCUGGGCGGGCGCUGCCUCGUCCCCCUCACUGCUCACAGGCCGGCCCACGGGGCCACACUUCCGGCCCAUCUGGCGGUCACUUGGCCCUGUCCCUCCACUCCGCAGGACCGAGGGUGGCGUCCCUGCCACCCAGUAGGUGCCCCCCAACAAGGUCUCCUCUGGCGGGUGGGAGAGGGAGGGGCCGCAAUGUCAGGCGGGCGCGUCCUCUGCCACUGAGGCGGGCUCCUUCGGGGGUCGGGGGUGUUGAACCAGCCGCCAGCGGUGCCCCCACGAUGCCGCUGGGAGAGGCGGAGCCCCAGCAGGGAGCGAUGCUGUUCCUCGUGCGGGCACCGUCCUCCCCACGUGCUUUCCGGGCCAUUGCGUGUGUCUGUGUGGACACGUGUGGGUCCGUGUGCCUGUGCUUGUGUGUGUGUGAUGCUUGCACCCAGGUGUCAGCCCGGGAAGGGCUGGGGGGUGCCCUUUUGUCCUGCAGCCUGGGAGGCCCCUGUGAAUGGUGGAAUUUCAGGCAGUGGCAGGUGGUGGACAGGGUCCGCCUGGGAAUGAGGCCCGGACCCUGGGCGGCCUGGGGGGCCUCAGAAGGUCCACUUGUCUGGGGGCCCUGAAGCCUCUCCCACUGUGAGCUGGGUAGGUGCCUGGGGGGCCCUGGAGACAGGUGAGUGAUUAGGGAGAGGCGGGUAUCGGGGGAAGCCAGAGGGCUGGCUGGCUGGCACCUCUGGCAUGGCCCACUGUCCAGGGGCAGCAUGGAGGGGGUGGGGCCACCUGAAUGGGGCAGGAUGUGGAGGGGGGAGGCUGUAGAGGGAAGGUGCCUAGUGUCUCUGUGUCCCUCACACCCCAGUCCCCUGGAAUCAGAGACUCGGGACCCCCUCCCCACCUGGGGCCCCAGAGAAGCUGAGCCCUGGGCUGUCAGCUCCCUGCAUCCAAACGGGGACGGCCCCCUACCCUCCAUCCGCACCCCAGGUGGAGGCGAUGGGGGCCCGUGCUCUGUGAGCCCCUGGGAGCUACAGCCUCUGGGGGACCCGCAGGAGCACUUUGGCUGCGAGGCGGCAACAGAAUCAGCGGCGAUUGCACGUUGAAGAAACACCAGCUGGUUAUUAAAAACACAUGCCGCUCUCAGGCCCUGGAGCGACAGCGUCUCAGCGCAGCCGUCCCCCUGCACCUCCGUGUGGCCAGGGCUCGGGGCGUGGCCUUCCCGGCCUGGAGUGGCUGCCGUGUGGGGCCCCCCGAGGAUGGCGGACAAGGUAGUCCCGCGGCAGGUGGCCCGGCUGGGCCGCACUGUGCGGCUGCAGUGCCCCGUGGAGGGGGACCCGCCGCCACUGACCAUGUGGACCAAGGACGGCCGGACAAUCCACGGCGGCUGGAGCCGCUUCCGCGUGCUGCCCCAGGGGCUGAAGGUGAAGGAGGUGGAACGGGAGGACGCCGGCGCCUACGUGUGCAAGGCCACCAACGGUUUCGGCAGCCUCAGCGUCAACUACACCCUCAUCGUGAUGGACGACACCAGUCCAGGAAGGGAGAGUCCGGGGCACGACGGCCCUUCCGGGGGCCAGGAAGACCCAGCCAGCAAGCAAUGGGCCCGGCCCCGCUUCACGCAGCCCUCCAAGAUGAGGCGCCGGGUGAUUGCGCGGCCCGUGGGCAGCUCCGUGCGGCUCAAGUGCGUGGCCAGUGGGCACCCACGGCCCGACAUCAUGUGGAUGAAGGAUGACCAGGCCUUGACGCGCCCGGAGGCUGGUGAGCACAGGAAGAAGAAGUGGACCCUGAGCCUGAAGAACCUGCGCCCCGAGGACAGCGGCAAGUACACGUGCCGCGUGUCGAACCGCGCGGGCGCCAUCAACGCCACCUACAAGGUGGACGUGAUCCAGCGGACGCGCUCCAAGCCUGUCCUCACGGGCACGCACCCCGUGAACACGACGGUGGACUUCGGAGGCACGACAUCCUUCCAGUGCAAAGUGCGCAGCGACGUGAAGCCCGUGAUCCAGUGGCUGAAGCGCGUGGAGUAUGGCGCCGAGGGCCGCUACAACUCCACCAUCGACGUGGGCGGCCAGAAGUUCGUGGUGCUGCCCACGGGUGACGUGUGGUCGCGGCCCGACGGCUCCUACCUCAACAAGCUGCUCAUCACACGCGCGCGCCAGGACGACGCGGGCAUGUACAUCUGCCUGGGCGCCAACACCAUGGGCUACAGCUUUCGCAGCGCCUUCCUGACCGUGCUGCCCGACCCCAAGCCGCCAGGGCCGCCCGUGGCCCCCUCGUCCUCGACCACCAGCCUGCCGUGGCCAGUGGUCAUCGGCAUCCCAGCCGGCGCCGUGUUCAUCCUGGGCACCGUGCUCCUGUGGCUCUGCCAGGCCAAGAAGAAGCCAUGCACCCCCGCGCCUGCCCCUCCGGUGCCUGCACAUCGCCCGCCCGCGACGGCCCGCGACCGCGGCGGGGACAAGGACCUGCCGGCACCCCCCACCCUCGGUGCCGGCCCCGGUGUGGGGCUGUGUGAGGAACUCGGGCCCCCGGCGGCCCCCCAGCACCUGCUGGGCCCGGGCUCAGCCGCCGGCCCCAAGCUUUACCCCAAACUCUACACGGACACGCACACGCACACGCACUCACACACGCAUUCGCACGUGGAGGGCAAAGUCCACCAGCAUCAACACAUCCACUACCAGUGCUAGGGUGCCUCGGGGUGGGCUUGCGGAGGCCCGGGGCGAGGGCCACAGAGGAGGAUGGACUGCGGGUGCGAGGCGCCCCACGUGAGACACACACACACCUGGACGCACACACACGCAUGACAUACCUCUGGACACACACACAGAAUCACACACACACACACACACACACUCAGACUAAAGCCUUUGGGAAGGUCUGUAUUGUAACUCUGCAGUGCGCAUGUAGCGAUGGGCUAGCUCAUGAAGGAAUCCCUUGGCCCCGUGAUAAGGAUUUCAUGGGGGCCGUGGUCACCCCCCCACCCCGGCCUGGCAGGAGAUCUGAGAGGCACCCUGGCUUUGCAAACCAAAAACUCCGACCCCUUCCCUGCGCCUGCCCGCCUGUGUCCCUGCCCAGGCUAUUUUUGCCACCACCUGUCCUGGGUGUCCAGGAGCCCACCAGUGCCCUGGGCAGGGGGGUCGGGCGGAGCAGCCCAGGCUCCGUCCUGAGAGGCCGGAGCUGGCUGGGGGUGCCUCCCGUCCCACUGCCAGAGAGAAGGGGCCCUUGAUAUUUAUAUUUAAGAAAUUAAGAUAAUAAUAUUAAUAAUGAUGAAAGGAGGGCUGGGCCACAGAGACUGGGCCUCUCCUGAGGCCCAGGACCCACCUGGCCUUUUGGCCACACUGGAUGCCCACCUCGGGCCGGGCACCCACUCCCGCCCGUGGCGGCCCCAGGCCCCUAUAAUUUUAUACAGAGCUUGAGCUGAAGCUCCUCAUAUUUAAUUUAUUUUGUUAAACAAGAAAAUGUGCAUCCUUUCCUCUAA